AUGACCUCCACCUCCAACACAUCCUGGUCCCAACUCCAAUGGCGACGGCGUCUCGAAACCUUCGGCGCCAACGACGCCUCCGUGCUCGCGUCCGGCCCGCGCGGCGAAAUCGACGGCAUCUGCAACAUGGGCGAACUGACGGACAAGGGGCGAGAAACGACGCUCGCGCUGGGAGAAAGGUUUCGAAGGCUUUACGUAGACCAAUUGGGCUUCAUGCCCACCAUGAUCGGGGAUGCGGAUAUGUUUUACUUGCGCGCGAGCCCGCUGCCCAGAGCGCUGGAGAGCGUGCAGCAGAGUUUCGUUGGCAUGUAUCCGCUGGGGGCGAGGGCGGCGGGCAUGCCGCCGCCCACGAUCGUGACGAGGACGGUGCAGGACGAGACGAUUUUUCCGAAUGAUAAUGCGUGUAAGCGGUAUGGGCAGCUGAUGAACGCGUUCUGGAACCGCGCCGCGGAGCGGUGGAAUGGGAGUGAGGAUCUGAAGUAUUUGACGGGCAAGAUUGGGAAGUGGAUGCCUGAGGGGGAGGGGAAGGAGGUGAGAGUUGAUGGGCAUCCGCGGUUGAGUGGGAUUAUGGAUACGGUGAAUUCGACGCUGGCGCAUGGGGAGGAGGUGAGGCUGCCAAAGGAAUUUUAUGAUGCAAGGGCGAGGGAUAUUGUGGAUAGGAUUGGGUGCGAGGAGUGGUUUGCGGGGUUUAAGGAGAGUCAUGAAUAUAGGUUGUUGGGGAUUGGGCCAUUGGCGGGGGAUAUUGUUACGAGGAUGGUGGGGAGUGUGGAGCGGAGUGGUAGUGAUGGGUUGUUGGAGGUUGGUGGGAAGGAUGGGGAGAUGGGUGUUGGUAGAGGCGGGGAGAGGAGCCUCAAGUUUGGACUGUCAGGAUGCCAUGAUACUACACUCGCUGCGUUGCUUGCGAGUGUUGGUGCCUUUGACAAUGAGAAGUGGCCACCGUACACUUCACAUGUUGCGUUCGAGCUGUUCAGGGACGUUGGGAAAGCAAGCGAGGGGAGUAAGAUGGAUAUUCCCGUCAAAGCGACAAAACCUGGAGACCAGAUGGAAAGCAAGGGAGGUUUCUUCUCAUCGCUCUUUGGACGCAAGAAGCUUACGACUGAGGGGAUUGCAAGGAAGCCCACAGCAGAAAUGACUAUUGCUGAGAAGGAAAGGCUGAAGGGAUAUUUUGUGCGGAUCAGAUACAAUGAUCGCCCAGUCACAAUUCCGGGUUGCAGGCCUCAAGGAAAUCAUUUGGAUGGUGAUGAGACGUUUUGCACUCUAGAAGCGUUCAAGUCUAUCGUGGACAAGUUCACUCCGCGCUCGUGGAAAGAGAGCUGUUUGAUGAACCUAGAUCAGCCGCCUAUACCGCAAGAAGUUGAACCAGCCGGAUGA